CUAGCCGGCUAACUUGGCUAAUCUGAUUUAUCGUCUCGGUUAAGCGCACGGAAAGCUAGCCAGGAUUACCAAAUUUAGUUUUCCAUAUCAAGCAUUUAACGCAAUAUAAAAAAACGGUCAUUUCAAGAAUGGCAUCGCUUGGAGAGCCUGUGCGGUUGGAAAGAGAUAUCAACCGUGCUGUCGAACUGCUUGAUAAGCUCCAGAGGACAGGGGAGGUGCCUCCCCAGAAGCUGCAGGCUCUGCAGAGGGUCUUACAAAGUGAAUUCUGUAACGCUGUUAGAGAAGUUUAUGAACAUGUGUAUGAAACUGUGGACAUUAACAGCAGUCCUGAAGUACGAGCCAACGCCACAGCUAAGGCUACUGUUGCAGCUUUUGCAGCAAGUGAGGGACACUCACAUCCACGUGUCGUGGAACUGCCCAAGACAGAAGAAGGCCUGGGUUUCAAUAUAAUGGGUGGAAAGGAGCAAAACUCACCUAUAUACAUCUCACGGAUCAUCCCAGGAGGCAUCGCUGACCGUCAUGGAGGCCUGAAGAGAGGCGACCAGCUUCUCUCUGUCAACGGGGUGAGCGUGGAAGGUGAGCACCACGAGAAGGCUGUGGAACUCCUCAAAGCAGCUCAGGGCACAGUGAAGCUGGUAGUGAGGUACACCCCCAAAGUCCUAGAGGAAAUGGAGUCACGCUUUGAGAAAAUGAGGUCGGCGAAGCGUCGGCAACAGAACAACUAUCCCCAGUAGGAUUUUUCUGUGCUGAUGCCCAGCUCCCAUGUGUCUCCUCCUCUAGCCUUCUGGCCAUUUGUUCUGGUCUCUUUCUUAUCUCCCUGCCCAAAAACAGCACAACAAACAUACUACAAGUUUAGUUGUAGUUCCUACUCACACAUACUGUAUAUUGUGCGUCUACCCUUUUCUGUAGCAUUGUUAAUAUUCACCAUUGUUACACUGGACACUACAACUCUAGAGACACACUAAAAUGAUCAUGAUUGUCAGUUCAGGUGGUCGCUCACACAUGUGCAUUAAUUUUGAAUUGACAAUUUGAAUGCGUCUUUGAGUGCUGUUGAGACCAGCUACACAAUUCCUUAGACUGGAAAAGUAGUGUUAAUUGUUUUAUCACAGCCACUACCAAGUGCCUCAGGGCAAACACGUUCAUCUCAUGUACUGUGUUCACCAUUCUUUCUUUCUUUUUAGUCAUUCAGAGUCAAGUACUGCUAAUCAAAUGCUCUUGGGCAGGAAUUACAACAUGCUUUACAUCUGUUAUUCUCAAAUAUCAUUUGAUGUGAUACAAAUACGUGCUAAAAAAUGUGUAAACCUCUUUAAUUUGUGAAAACUGUAAAAAGAUGCUGCUGGGGUUUUUGGUUUUUUUUUUCAUUGCCGCUCCACAGACAUGUUGGAAUGGGAAAGCUUUGGAGGAGUUGAAGACAGUUUGAGUGAUUUAAAAGAGAUAGUUAGGUAGUUAUAUGUUUGAUGAUAAGGGAAACUGCUGAAAGGACACUUAAUUACAAAAGGGAUGGAUUAUCUAUUAAAAGGUUUCUCUUGGCUUAGUCUUUAAGUUUUCUAACAUCAUUUCACACUAUAAAAAGCUCAGCAGGCACUGUAAGUGAUGUAAUGGGGUCUCGGCAACUUUUGAGCUGAAUUCCUGCCGCCGCAGAGACUCAUGUUAUUGCUCGUAUCAAAGGAAUAAAUCAGAACCAUAAACCUUGCAGUCAGCGUGACAUGAGAUGAAACCUCUUCAGCUUCUGAUUAAUUUGUCUUGACAUAAAUCAGGAAUGUUCUAUGUGUCACAUUUUUGUUCCUAUGCCAGGCACAUUACUUAAUGAAAAGUCAGUUACAGAACAUUUGUCUUUAGUUUCUGCUAAAAACAGCUUGUUAGUAUCGUUGGCAUCAUUCAGUUAAAGUUCAAAAUGAGGAAAAAUAUCAAUAUCAAGCAAUAUGAUAAUAUGAAACAAUCUCUUUAAGUCACACUGAUACCUAAAGUGAACUUUCAUCAUUGUUGUGAUGAAUGCACUGGCAGGUGUUGAAAUCACACAUACUGUAUAUUAAUACGGCAUAUUUGUUGAGACUCUAUAGUGUGUAGAGACUCUAUACAGUGUGUAGAGACUCUAUGCAGUGUGUAGAGGGUUAUGCUUUUAAUCUGUUGCAUGGGCACAUCAUUCAUUUUAACUUUUUUUUUAAUCCUGGUAAUCAUUGACAUCUUUAAAUUACCUGGAUUAAAAGAUCAAAUAUGGCACCGGUGCUGGGAUAAGAGAACCAUUUACUUUAAUCAUGCUUGGACACAAUUCAAACACAAGGCCGCGCCCGAUCAUGAAGAUUUUAGCUGAGCAGUCAGUUUCAGCUUUUUCUGACCUGUGUGCCAGCACAGGUUUAUUUCUGAUCCCAUCAUCACUAACAGUCGUCAUUGCUCCAUUAAAUCUAACAGUUUACUGGCACCCAUGUAAUCUGUAUGUAAUAUACAAACUGCACAUCGUGUUAAAUAAUACUUUUUAUUACUGAAUACUGCCAAACAGUCAAGUUUAUUCUGACUGCAGUUUUAACAAGGCUAAUAUCAAAACAGUGUCAAUAACCCUCAAUAUACUGCAUACCAAGGCUCCCCUCCUACCUUUACAACACUGAUAUGUUUUAUAGUUUUAAAAUGUUUGCAGAAUGCAUGUUUAACUGUCAUAUUAGUGUUUCUUGUAUCAUGAGAAAAUUUCUUGUGAUGUGGAAUAUUAAUGCUUAAAAAAAACUGAUACAUGUCAGUCAAACAAGUCUAACAAUUAUGUCUUUCAAACCCUUCAAAUACUCUGUUAUUCAAUAAAAAACAGCAAAAGUGAG